GAGGGACACUUUGGGGUCCGGCUGUCGGGAAGGUGCGGCAGCGAGACUGGCCGGGAAGAUGCCAGUGGCGGUGAUGGCGGAAAGUGCCUUCAGUUUCAAAAAGUUGCUGGAUCAGUGCGAGAACCAGGAGCUCGAGGCCCCUGGAGGAAUUGCUACCCCCCCAGUGUACGGUCAGCUUCUAGCCUUGUAUUUGCUCCAUAAUGACAUGAAUAAUGCAAGAUAUCUUUGGAAAAGGAUACCACCUGCUAUAAAAUCUGCAAAUUCUGAACUUGGGGGAAUUUGGUCAGUAGGACAGAGAAUCUGGCAGAGAGAUUUCCCUGGGAUCUAUACAACCAUCAACGCCCACCAGUGGUCUGAGACGGUCCAGCCAAUCAUGGAAGCACUUAGAGAUGCGACAAGGAGACGUGCCUUCGCCCUGGUCUCUCAGGCGUACACCUCGAUAGUUGCUGAUGAUUUUGCAGCCUUUGUUGGACUCCCUGUAGAAGAGGCCGUGAAAGGUAUAUUGGAACAAGGAUGGCAAGCCGACUCCACAACAAGAAUGGUUCUGCCCAGGAAGCCAGGGGCCCUGGAUGUUUCCUUCAACAGGUUUAUCCCCUUAUCAGAGCCUGCCCCAGUUCCACCAAUCCCCAAUGAACAGCAGUUAGCCAGACUGACUGACUAUGUGGCUUUCCUUGAAAACUGACUCAUCAUUCUGAGUUCCAAAUCCACCUUCAGAACGAACACUGACAAAUACAGAAAUGUAAAGUUUUUAUUUUCAGUUUACUAGAUGGAGUGAGCACCUCAGCAUCCCUUACUGAGUACGUGAUAAAAUACAUAUAUGAGAUAUAUAUUUUUUGUCCUUAGACAUCAUUAUGAAUAGUUGUUGAAGCAGUUUCUUGUUUUGUACCAUUUAACAAUUUGGUUGGAGCCCAUCAGUAUUAUGCAGUUAGUUCAUAUUUCCAAGGGACUCAUAAAAUAAGCUCCCCUUCUCCAUAUGUGGAAACAGGGGUGUCAUCUGUCUUCUCCAUUCCCAGCACCCACUCCCAUCCACACUGUUGCUUGAUGUACUUGGGGUUUGAGGAUGACUGGCCCCCAGGGACUGUACCUGAGCUGCUGGGAUUAUGAUCACCCUCUUUGGAGAAUGUGCUCUCUUUUCUCCUCACCUCUACUCAUGUAGAGUAUGGAAAUAUAGCUGAAAAAAGUAGACUUUCCUGAGUAAACCAACUUGUUAGCAUUAGACUUUCCAGUAGAGUGAGUACAUCCCUUGCUGGCAGUGGAGGGCUUGGCAUGAACGUGUUACUUCCAUUGAGUUCUAAUAGUCCCUUCAGAAGAAGGGAAGAGUUAAGUGUGGGAUGCAUCCUGUGGGGAAAGAAGCUGUUGAGAGAAGAGAGGUGACACACUUUGUACAGUGCUCCCGCAGCCUGUCAGUUGCUUAUCUUUGUCCCUUGAUUUAAGUUCUGCCUUUUGAAGAAAUGCUGAACAAGUCUUUCAUCUUGUUGUGACAGCCCUCUGAAUAUUUGAAGUUGUUUAUUGUAUCUUGUUCAAGCACCCCU